CCAAGCAUGGGGGAAACUAUAAAAUUCAUUUUAUUUUGUCUCUCAUGGUUUCCGCUUUUCUUUAUCAGCGUCUCUUCGAAACCAAAUAUUAAUGAGUAUCCCAUCGAUUCUGAAACUUUUGACAGUCAAGAAAUCGAAUUUGGUUUGAAAAGGGAAAAUCUGCAAUCCUUGCAGCAGCCUAGAAGUAUUUCCAAAGUUAAUCGAAAACCGACGAUUGACGGUACUGUCUUGGCCUUCGGGACCACGCCUUACUCGAUUGCGACUUUAGAAAGAAUCAGUAGAAGUUCGAUUAGAAAACCACGAAAUGGACGGACAAAACAGUUUUACCCUUUGAGAACUAGGACGACAGGAGGGAAGAAGCAAGCUCCCGAUGACUCGUUUUUUAAGAGGAUAAAUGCUGUCAAUUUUCUGAAAAAUUAUAACUAUAUAUCUCAUCAUACCACUGGGAACCACGACUUUAAAACAGCCGUGGAAACAUUCCAACGUUUCAUGCACCUUCCAGUCACUGGUCAUCUAGACAAUGCAACAAUGAAUGAAAUGAAACGUAAACGUUGUGGGGUACCAGAUGUUGAGAUUGAUGACCCAUCACCAGGCGAGCGACAAAAGCGUUUUGCUAUUUCUAAAAAGAAGUGGAAUACAACGUCAUUGCUUUAUGGAUUCGAGAGAUACACCAAUGACAUGUCUGUGGCGACUCAAAAAGCUAUCAUCGCCAAGGCCUUCAAGUUCUGGGCCGAUGCUGGUGGAAUGGUGUUCACUUUAACCAAUGAUUUGUCUAACGCUAACAUCAAGAUCAUGUUUGGAACCAAAAGACAUGGUACUUGUAACACGCCCUUUGAUGGAUCUGGCAACAUUCUUGGUCAUGCUUUUUUUCCGACUGAUGGCCGACUCCAUUUUGACGACGAUGAAUUCUUUACCGAUGGCGUUAACUCAGGCACUAACCUCCUAUCUGUCGCUGUUCAUGAAAUUGGACAUACACUUGGCCUGGCUCACUCUAGUGACAAGAAUUCCAUCAUGUUUCCAUCUUCACCUGGAUACAUUCCAAACCUUGCUCUUGGCAAAGAAGAUGUCAAUGCAAUCAAGUAUCUGUACGCUGGUGGAACGAGCAGUCCUGGGCUUGGAGUUUCAGUGUGUAAAGACAUUUUACCAAGCUGCGCAAGCAACGCUGGUUACUGUAAACAAUACCCGGACUACAUGAACGCUAGCUGCCCGAAGACAUGCAACUUUUGCUAGAGAAAAUGCCCAACAUCUGCUCCAGAAGCAAGGAAACGACAUCAACUGACGCCAAAGUGUUGGCCAAGGUUAUUUAAGUAGACUAGACAUCAUUAAGACAAUAGUAUGCUCCCUAGAACCGCGCGUUUAAACAAAAGCAUCAAAGCGAAAGAUUGAAAAUACGAAGCGAUAAUAACAAAUGUCUAAGAUCCCUUUAAAUUGUGCAUGCAUAAUAGAGAGCAGUUUACAGACUUAUUAAUGGAAGAAAUGCCCUCAAAAUGCAUAUGACUAUGAUGCAAUGAAAUUAAAUCCACACUGAGGACACGAGAAAUAUAACGAAUCACGUUAUAUGUUAACAUCGCAAGUUAUUUGUUCCAAUAGUUGGCUUAGUAAGUUAUGUAGAAAGAUAAACAAACGAAUACUAACAGCUUUAAUAAAAGUACUAGAUUCAUGUG